AUGGCAGCCGCUCCGGACCCAGAUGAGGUGUUUCGUUCUUCGAAAGGGAGAGAUAAUUUUCAACGUUUGGCUCGGCUUUUAAUAAGUGGAGGUACUGUGCUAUUGAGGGAGGUUUUUGACGUUAAAUGUCCACCAAGUAAUCUACCCGCAACACUUCAGAAUCCAGCCACAGAAAAGCUCCUUAAGGCAGCAAAGCUCACCAAACCACAGUGGGACUGCCUAUACCCUUCUGCAGGGACGUAUGGAAAGUCAACAGACUUUGAUAUAACUCUCCUUUUCCGGUUGCUGAGGACAAUAUGCGGCCUCACCCCUCCUGUCAUGGGCUGGGAUUGUUUUCCUUUAAAUACAGACCACAGCUUUGGAGCUGAUUUAGCGAGAAUUAAGUAUUACCGCAAUUCGAUACACGGCCAUGUGAACGAGAACAUGGAAUUAGCAGGUAAUGAGUUGUCACGUCUUUGGAGAGAAAUCAGCGAGGCUCUGGUGAGAAUUGCGGGUCAAAUCAGCCCUGCGAAGUCAAAAGAAUGGAAGACUGCUAUUGAUAAAUUUUUAAAAGAUCCCCUUACAGAGGAAGACAAGAGGCACGAGCAGGAACUGCAGCGCUGGUACCAGAAUGAUACAGAAGUAAAGAAAUACCUUGAAAAGGUUGAAUCUUCAAUGAAGCAUUUGGAGAAAGAAGCUCGAUCCUUAAGACAAGAGGUUCAAGAAAAAGCCCAAGAUAUUAAAGAUGAGCUUGGAGGGAAAGUAGAAUCUGCAGCCCAACAAGUGCAGCACUUGAGGCAAGACGUCAAAGACAUCAAAGAUCGAUUAGACAUAGAUGGCCGACCCAAUUCCUCAGCUGGAGGUCAGCUUGUUGAUUUAUUCUGUAUAUCUGUUAUUAGUAAGGUAUUUUCCUCUAACAUAGACACUUACGCAACGUAUCAGGGUUACCUGUACGGUGCACAUCGUGCUCUUAUUUUGACAGAAAUGGCCUGGUAUAUUUUUGAAGCAUAAAAAAAAUUUCAAUUAGUUAAUAUAUAGUUACUUGACUUUAGCCGGACGACCACUCAUGUUAAUAGCCUGCUUUGCCUUUGUUGUAAGUGGCUAGUCGCUGCAAAUAAUGAUACUUUUUCCCCUUACAGUUAAAAUUCGAGUGCAGAUUUGUUGUGCGACUAACCCAAACCCUCAUUCGCGACUUGAGACAUCAGAGACAGUGGUUAUAACCGGUCAGGGUACCCAAGCUUGUGGCGACGAGCUGGUAAUUACUGGAACAUCAGGAAGAACGCCUCAAGACACACAAGAUACCCAGGGAGGAAGCCAUGAGAUGGUAGUUACUAGUGGUACGCGCGAGGCAGUGGAACCUGUUGCAUCUGCUGGUCUACCACUCGCGGGAAGAACAGAAAGCGUCGAAGAAGUAGGUGUUGGAACCGAUGCAGCACGCAACGCACAAGGAGUUUUGAAUUACAUCGCACACAGGUACUUUCAGACAGUUGACACAACCCAACCUGAGGAACGGAAUGAGUUUCUACGGUAUCUAGAAGAUGUGCGCAAAGUUCUUGUCCUGGAUCCCAAGUCAGGAAGUUUGAUAGUAACAGUACUGUGUACUUCACUGGAGAUACUGGAUGCCCUCUGGUGUGACUAUUGCACAGGUCACCUGAAUGACAUGGCACAGAAAUAUCUUGUGACAAAGGACGUUCUGAAGGAGUUUGACCUGAUUGAGCUGAAAUUGAAAACAACAAUUCAGGUGGAGGAGUACAUGGCUGCACGAGAUUUUUUCCUGCAGGCUCCAGGUGAGCACAUACAAAGUUUUUCGGAAGGUUGUCUUUAAUCGAGUCAAUAGAGUAUCGUCUUCGUCUAUGCUUUAAAACAUGUGAGCAUAGGUUUGCUCGUUAUGUUUUUUGCAUGCCUCCUCAAACAUGUUCACAAAUUUGUUUCACCAGAUUCAGAGGGUAUGAUUCAAAAAAUUUAAUGGCCAGAUCUGAUACCUGUGCUCUCUCUAUUUAAUCGAAAGAUGGGGAUCGACGAUGAAUUGAGGUGACGCAGAGAAGACCUUACGGCGACCUUUUGACAUUUUAUAGGAAACUGAUCUUAACAUACACAUUCCUAAUUAAAGAGAAGGUCUUCGUUGCACGACCCGUAGUCAAGUUUAAAUUGUAUCCGUUACAUUUCAUUUCAGUCCAUGAUCCACUCGGCACGACCAAGAACAGAAAUGAAGGACUUGACUCAGAUUUGACAAUAGAGCAAAGUCCUCUCUCAGCGACUGAAGGAACAGUCCCACAUGUUGAAUCUGAAACUAAGCGAAACAAAGAAGCAUUCUCGGAGGGUUCCCUUAUCGCCGGGGAAAUGAUGGUGGACCGCUCUGGUCGUAAGACUCCUGCAUCUGUCGCGAGGUCAUCAGUCCAUGGUAGCAUGCAAAUCUAUGUUAAAACAUUGACUGGAAAUACGAUUUCUUUGUGCGUGAAACCUUUAAGUACCAUAGCAUAUGUGAAAAUUAAAAUCCUAGAGCAUGAAGGAAUCCCGCCGGACCAGCAACGUCUUCUCUUUGCCGGGAAACCACUCAAAAGUGGCUUCUCUCUGAGUUACUACAAUAUUUCGAAAGAAUGUACCCUAAACUUGGAUCUCUGUGGCAGAAAUAUCUAUGCACAUAAUCUCAAUUUAGGGCACUGUUCAUAUUAAUGUUUGCCACCCAAGAGAAUAAUGUACUGCUCAUAAGAGUUAACAAUUACCUUUGCUGAUAGUUAAAAUUGGUUAACUUUAUAUUUUUUUUUCUUAGUUUCAGAUUAAUUUUCAAAUUGUUUUGCCAACAAAACACAUCUUUUAUUUUCAAUUUCAAGUCCAGGGUCAAUUCGUGGCCGGGGUGAUGCUAAAAAAAAUUAUGAAGAAGACAUUUCACUCCUACACUGUCUCUUUGUGUCUAAGGAGUGUAAAUGAAUUCCAACAUACUAUUAGGAAAUUUGAAGAAAUGCUGUUAGGGGGGUGGGGGGGGGAGGGGAAGGGGGGAAGGGUAAGUGUGAUGCAAUAGCAUUCUAUUUAGUAGGAUUUGCUUCCAUUUGCUUUUUUGCUGUAGAAACUAUGUGGGUUUGAGACAGGACACUUAGACCGUUCCGUCUUGGAAUAAAAACCAAAAAUAAAAAGUAAGAGCAACUUCAAUUGGUGGAAGCUCUCUUUGACCCUUGGUUAAGCCUAAAACAUGCAACUUUGUUAUGAUAACUAUGGGGUUUGAUUCCAAGCACAAGGAUUGGGUACUAGUAUUAUCAUACCUAGAAUAUGUCUGUGCUGACGAUACAGCGGCAAAACGAAGGCGCAUGCUUGUAACUCGCGAGAAAGUUACGCGUGCAAAGGAAUGGGAACGACAAUACUUCCAUAGUAACACUACCGAGGUAAAAUGGCGGCAUUUUUAAAAUUUCUAUUGUUUGUUCUUAUUUCGUGGGGAUAAGCCCAAACCAAAACAAAAAAGGUUGCCUUCUCCAGGAAAGUUUCUGUCGACCCUCCUUCGUCACAUAUCUCUCUCAACAAAGACGUAUUGUGGUUACAGGUGCGCAUUUAAUGGCUGAAGUUGAGCAGCCGUAACAUGGCUACGCAUCAGCCUAUGUUUGCAGAAGAAUCAUAGCCUAGACGCUCAAUGCAUGUGCACUCAUUUUGCUGCUGUGUUCGUGCUGACGAAAAACGACUGAACAUGCUCUUACGCCUCUGGCGUCAUGACUCCCGCCAUUCGAUAUUCCUAAUGAGUUGUUAUGUAAGUAUUAUUUGUCCUCAUUCUAGGGACCAGGAGAAAACUGCAUAGCUGUAGGAAACUUUAUUUUUAUAACCGGAAUUAAAAAGUGUCCAUAAACAUUUACCACUCUCCUCUUUUGACUCCCGAGUGUAAUUUGAAAAUGGUCUCCAAAAUUGCCAAAAAUCGACUAUUGACGCCGCCUCUCAAAACGCGGUCGGUGUCAUAAUUUCCAUGUAUACUAAUUCAUAGCGGGGAAGACUAAUAUUUACCGGCAAGCAACUCUGAAUAUGGCCGCUAUUUGAUAGAAUACACCAUUCAGAAAGAAUCGGCCAAAAACUUGUCUGUGAAAAACACCCGAAGAGAAAAAAACCCUGUUCGUUUCUAACAACGUCGUGUUCUUUGUAGCUGCAUGUGAAUUUUCGGGUUUAAUUGUUAAUCCGUGCGAGCUCUUAGCUGAGAAAUGGCAACUGGUACGGGUACCAAUCGAGGGAGUUUUACCUACAACAAGUGGAAAAAGCAAUUUUCUUCCUAUAGAGCGGCUUUUAACAAUCCAGCCAUGAAGAAUAAACUUAAAAUAGCAAAGCUCACAAAACUGGAAACCAUAAGCACGAGACUCUGUAACAAAUUCAUCAACGUGCGACUGCAUCGAGCUGGUUCCGUUCUUUUCCACACACUCAGCGAGGGUGGUGUCAUCCACAUACAUCCAGAUGUUCGUAUUCGCCACUCUCAGGUCAUUAAUCAUUAUUAGAAAUGACCGGGGGCCGAGUUUAGUCCCCUGAGGAACUCCUGCUGGUACAGCACGCCAUUCCGAUACACAACCACAACUCAAUUUCACCCUUUGCCUUCUAUUCGUUAGAAAAUCCAAGAUCCAGCACAUGAUCGAUUCCGGAAUGUCAUACGAGGAGAGCUUUUGGGCUAGAACAUGAUGAUCAAUUAAGUCAAAGGCUUUGCGAAAGUCAAACAGUACGGGUCUCGUAGUAGCCCCAUUUCCGUCAGUCGAUUCCAACCAGGAGUGCAACAUACUGAUAAGCGCAUGCGUAGUAGAAGAUUUAAUACGGCCCCAAAUUGUUGAGUAUAAAUUCUCUCCAGCACAGCAGGUUUGACAUAAGUGUCAACCACAUAAGCUUCAGACAUCUUUGACAAAAUGGGGGUUAGUGAAAUAGGGCGUAAGUGCUUGUUUACUUCACGGACAGGCUUUUGCUUUAGCACAGAGACUACAUAUGCGUGCUUCCAUGACGAUGGCAAGCGUCCUUCAUGGGACGAGGAGUUCAAGAUGUUAGAUACCGUACCAGCUAAAAUGUCUGCGUGUUCCUUUAACAACCAUCCUGGGAUGUUGUCUGAACCGUUGGCUUUGCACGGGUUCAACUUUGAUAGUUUCUUGCGGACUGACUCAACCGACACAACAAGGGAGUUUUCGAAGUAGUUACUGAAAGUAGUGCACAAAAAAGCAGCAGGAAGCGGUGUGAAGCAGUGCAUUGGCGAUAAGAAAGCCUCAUUGAUGAUGUUAGCCAGGCCGAUUUGGUCAAUACCCUCAUGCAGAUGUUGUAGCGAUUUCAAAGUGUCACUUCGCGCCGUGGAGGCAACUGAGCGCCCACUAAGCUCUUUCACUUCUUUCUACCACUCAGAUGGUUUACAUUUAAGGCCGUUGACCAAUUUGUUGUUUUACCAGAUUCAGAUGGGUAUUAUUUAGGACAUUUAGUGUUCAGAGCUAAUACUUGUAAAUGUGCUGUCUUAAUUUGGUCGAGGGAUGGUGAUUGAGGCAGUUGGAGGGGGCCUGGGGGCCACAGUUCUAGGCAACUGAUCGAAUUCCUUCAUCUAAUGGUGGCUUUAGUAAAUAUACUGACAGGUCGAUAGAUAAAGAGUAUUGACAAACCUAUAUGGUCUCGAUGUGAUUUUAAAUUAAAAAAUAAUUUCUUUCAGUAACCAGCAGAGAUAUAUAUAUAUAUGGUGAUCCGUCUGAGAAAUAUAUUUUGUAGACCCGAGAGAGAAGGAUAUUUUUGUUUCCUCUUAAUUGGGUUACAUUACCCUCAUACUGAUGGAUAAGUUCGUACAAGGAGUAACUAAAACAAAUAAAAACACUUUAGGAAGAAAGGAAUGUAACUGAGAUUGAUGAGACUUACUGUGAUGAAUCACUCAGUUCAUUUAUUUGGGUUAAGACGUAGGAAUAGAUUACAGCGUUAAUCUUGAAUUAGGUCGAUAUAAUUUAAUUUUUUUCAUAUUUCCUUUCAGAUCAUGUUCCACGUGGCAUGAAAAGAAGCAGAAGUAUGGGAAUCGGCCAAGAAUCGAUAACCUGUGAAAAGCUCCAGAAUAUCGCACCAGGAACGCUAGCGAAAGGUUCAGUUUGCUUACCAAUCGCCUUACAUGAUAUAACGCCACCUUUCAUAUAUUCCAACUGAAUUAUCGUUGUUUGUUUCUGUUUAUGCACGCGUGUGUGAGCGUAAUAAAUGAGUGAGUUCAGAGGUCACCAAUCGAGAUGAUUACCAUUCAGAGGAACUCAGCUCAGAGAAGGAUAUUCCGGAAGAGAUCACUGUAGAAGACAACUGUUCAGAGCAUUCUAAUAGAGACGUAAGGAAUGUAGGUUCAAAGAAUAACAGUUUAGAGGACUAUUUCUCGCAGGAUAAGGGUCAGAGGACGCCAUUCCAGACGAAGGAAUUGUAAGAGUGAAAAGACCAGAGAAAAAUAUUGAAGGAUAUUACAUUGACUAAGGUAACAUUCCAAUAAAAGCAUUACCCGAUAAGAUUAAGAAAGAUGGGAAUGACCCCAAGGUGUUAACUGCUGGAGAUAACCCUGAUACAAUCAUAGCAGGCGCAGGAGAGUUUAUAAAGAGAUUUACUGCAUAGAGGGACAUCUCAGGAGGUAAUGUAGACGACGAUAUUCCAGAAGUAAAUGCAUGGAGUAACAUCGCCGACAAACACUAUAAGAGGACUAUAAGACUCAAGGAGAUAUUACAGACCGUUGCGAUGUAAAUGAUUGAGGCUUUUUCAAAAAUGUUUUUUUUUGUAUUACAAAAAGACAUUUACGACAUAUCUGAUAGCUAGAUAGCUAGAGAUCUUAAAAACACGUAAAUAUAAAAAGAAACACUAUUAAAACAUGACGUUUUCCCUAGCGUGGAAACAAAUGUACUACCGAAGUAUUUCGCUUUCUAUAUUCUAUGGUGGCGAUGUAUAUUAUCAACUCAGUUGAUCAUCUUGUAAUACCUCCUCCCCCCCUCUAUGAUACGCUGCGAACCCAUUGACUUCCGCUUUUCACGGUUGAGAGAGGGAAUUUGCAUAUCUGCCAACGCUAAAGAAUCACAGACCGUAGUUUGAUGUAAAUCGAAGGAAAAAAUUCUAAAGGUAAGAAGCCUGUUUGACAUUUUCUCUGCAUUAGCUAAUCUCCCAACUCUUAAUUUUAAGGUUUGCUGAAGAUCUGUUGAAGUGAUUGCUUUUGUGAUUGAGAAAUCUGUCCAAUGAGCGUAAUUUAAGUGAGUGGCGUGUAUGAACCAGCUUCCAAAUGCAAAUCUGAGAGAUUUUCAUUAGUUUCGAAUCUCUAUGAAAUGUCGUUUGAGAUACUUGAAGGAUGACUGACUAGCAAACCAGCUCAGUCAGAAUAUUACUAUUAUUUUGAGCCUCUCUCCUUUGGUACCUAUUCGGUUAAAAUUUAGGUUGAAGUCGAUCAAUUAAUUCCCCCUCAGAGAAUGAUCAGAGCGGCCGGCGUGUCGUUAUUUCAUUAUCAUUACCCCGCUCCAGCGAAUAGAUGAUACUCUUUGUUUUGAUAAGUAAGGCAUCACCUCAGGAGAGAAUGAUGAUAUAAAAUUUGUGUAUCUACUCCUGUAAAUCAUAGGGAGUAAAUGAAGUGGGUGACUAUCAACCACGUCGUGACUGCUAAGUGUUUUCUUCCUUGUGUCACGCAAUGUACUACACAUUCUAGCCCGCCUAGUUUCCCUUCUUUGAGCAAAUGUUUUUAAAGUCUUUUGUAAUUGAAUCAUGUUUUCACCUCCUUAAACAGACUCUUUUGACAACCAGGUGAAACUGGGAACCUAUAUAGCCGUAUUAAUGCUGAACUUCCCAAACUUCUAUUUAUUUUUGUUAAAGAAAAUAAAUAAAAAGUAAAUGGAAAUUAGGCUUCACAGUUAUUUACGUAUUUAGUUUUCCUAGGUGCUGUCGUAAACUGAAAAGCUUGAAAAGUAGAGGAUAAUAAACUUUUUGCGCGAACUGUCUUUAAAUGUGAUUUGAAUAAGGGUGCAGGUCUCGAGAUUUCAAAUUACUCGUUCGACCCACUAUAUAUGUCGCUUUUGCUAAAGGGGUUAAGAUCAGAGUAUUUAGGGUAUUUUUUUACAAUUUCUCUUUUCAUUUAAGCUUAAGAAAAACGCAUCUAAGUUGUUGAACACUGAUUCCUUGCCAGAAAAAUCAUACCCACAUAACGUGGAAUGAAAAUGUCUAAGUAUUAUUGAAAAAAAUCCGUUUUGAUCCUCUCCUCUUAAAUCAUCCAUCCAUCCUAUUUAAGCGGGUACGUUUUAUAUUAGCUAUAUCUGUCUUUUGUGAGAUCUACCGUUCACUCCGUUGAUCUAUUUCACAGUUUGGGUUGCAGUCAUGAGGUAAGGACGGUCCGAUAACUGAUCCCGCCUCAGUUUUUCCUUCUUUCUAAAUGGCUGCCGCUCUGGACCCAGAUGAGGUGCUUCGUUCUUCGUUCUUCGAAAGGGAGAGAUAAUUAUCAGCGUCUAGCUCGGCUUUUGAUAAGUGGCGGCACUGUACUGUUGAGGGAGGCAUUUGACAUCAAAUGUCCACCAAGUAAUCUUUCCACAACACUUCAGAAUCCAGCCACGAAGAGGCUACUUAAGGCAGCAAGGCUCACCAAACCACAAUGGGACUGCCUGUACCCUUCCCCAGGGAUGUACGGAAAGUCAACAGACUUUGAUAUAACUCUCCUUUUCCGGUUGUUGAGGACAAUAUGCGGCCUUGUUCCUCCUGUCACGGGCUGGGAUGCGCUACCGACAAGUACAGAUGACAGUUUAGAAGCAGAUUUAGCUAGAAUCAAAUAUUACCGCAAUUCGAUAUAUGGUCAUGUGAACGAGAACAUGGAAAUCUCAGAUGACGAGUUUUCAGUUCUUUGGAGAGAACUCAGCGGGGCUCUGGUGAGAGUUGCGGGUCAAAUCAGCCCUGCAAAGGCAAAGGAAUGGCAGAAUGCUAUUGAUACAUUUUUAAGAGAUCCCCUCACAGAGGAAGAAAAGAGAAAUGAGCAGGAAUUGCAGCGCUGGUACCAGAAUGAUACAGAAGUAAAGAAAUACCUGGAAAAGGUAGAAUCUUCAAUGAAGCAUUUGGAGAAAGAAGCUCAAUACGUAAGACAAAAGGUUCGAGAAGAAGCCCAAGAUACUAAAGAUGAAGUGCAACGCUUAGGACAAGACAUCAAAGAUGAGCUCGGUGGGAAAGUAGAAUCUACAGCCCAAGAAGUGCAACGCUUAGGACAAGACAUCAAAGAUGAGCUCGGAGGGAAGGUAGAAUCUACAGCCCAAGAAGUGCAACGCUUCGGACAAGACAUCAAAGAUGAGCUUGGAGGGAAAGUAGAAUCUACAGCCCAAGAAGUGCAGCGCUUGAGGCAAGAGUUUCGAGAUGAGGCCCAAGACAUCAAAGAUCGAUUAAAACUGGGUGGUCGACCCAAUUCCUCAGCUGGAGGUCAGCUUGUUGAUAUUUACUGUAUAUCUAUUACUAGUAAAGUAUUUUUCCUUUUACAUAGGCACUUACGUAACGCACAAGGGUUACAUGUACGGUGCACAUUUUACACUUUUUAUGACAGAAAUGGCUUCAUAUAUUUUUGAAGCGGAGAAAUGUCAAUUAUUUAUCGUUACUUGACUAUAGCCGGACGACCACUCAUACUAAUUGCCUGUUUUGCCUCUGUUGUAAAUGUUAGUCGCUGCAGUUACUGACACUUUUCCCCCUUACAGUUAAAAUUCGAAUGCGGAUUGAUUGUGAGACCAUCCCAGACCCUCAUCCGCCACUUGAGACAUUUGAGACAGCGGUUAUAGCCUGUCAGGGUACCCAAGCUUGUGGCGACGAGCUGGUAGUUACUGGAACGUCAGAAGAAACGCCUGAAGAUACACAGGAUACUCAGGCAGGAUGCCACGAGAUGGUAGUUACUGGAGUUAAACGCAAGGCAGUGGAACCUGUUGCAUCUGCUGGUCUACCACUCGUGGGAAGAACAGAAAACGUCGAAGAGGCAGGUUCUCAAGGAGUUAUGAAUUUCAUCGCGCGCAAGUACUUUCAGACAGUUGACACAACCAAACCUGAGGAACGAAAUGAAUUUCUACGGUUUUUAACAGAUGUGCGCAAAGUUCUGGUCCUAGAUGCUCAAUCAGGAAGUUUGAUAUUGACAGCACUAUGUAGAUCAUUGGAGAUACUGGAUGCCUUGUGGUAUGACUAUUGCACAGGUCACUUGAAUGACAUGGCUCAGAAAUAUCUUGUGACAAAGGACGUUCUGAAGGAGUUUGACUUGACUGAGCUGAAACUGAUAACAACUAUUCAGAGGGAGGAGUACAUUGUUGCACGAGAGUUUUUUCUGCAGAGUUCAGGUGAGUACACAGAAAAUGUUUCGGAGGGCUGUCUUUAACCGAAUGAAUAGGAUAUCAUCUUCGUCAAUGCUUUAAAACACGUUAGCAGAGGUUUGCAGGUUAUGUUUUUUUUUGUUUCGUCAAAUUCAGCCAGGCAUCAUUCAAUAAAUUUAAUGAUCACAUCAAAUACUUCUGCUCUAUCUAUUUAAUCGUGAGAUGGGGAUCGAGGACGGAGGGAGGCGACGCAGAGAGAGACGACCUCACGACCUUUUGACAUUUUUAGGAAACUGAUCUAACUCCUUUAUCUUGGGUUAGCCCAAAGUAAUAUAUAUAUAUUUUCGAACCGAUAGUUUAACAGAAUUAACAAAUGUCUUUGAAUUGUAAAGUCAUCAAUUUGAAGAAUUGUUCUCUGUAGAUUUCUGUAAAAAGGGUAAUUUAUGUGACCCGAGCACUCAAUUCGGCUAUCCUUCUCUUUUAUUGAUGGACAGAUUCGUACUGGGAGUAGCUAAAAUGAUCCAAAAAUACUUUCUAAAGACAGCUCAAAUAUAUUUGCGAUAGAUAAAGCUUACUAUAAUCAGUCGCUCAGCCAAUUUAUGAGGGCUUUUGAUGAUGUUACCUGCUAUAUCAUCUCUAAUCUUGAGCGACGCCGAUGUAAUUUCUUUUUAUAUUUUGCUUUCAGAUAAUGGUACGCCGCAACACCUAAAUCCUCGUAGUGACAUGCAAAUAUUUGUAAAAACAUCCACUGGAAAGACGAUCUCUUUGGAAGUGGAACCGGCAGACACCAUUGAGAAUGUGAAAACAAAAAUUCAAGACAUAGAGGGAGUCCCACCGGAUCAGCAACGUCUUAUCUUUAAGGGGCGGAAAUUGGAAGAUGGCUGUUGUCUGAGUGACUACAAUGUUCCGAAAGAAGCGACUCUUCUCUGGAUUUUAAGACGUCGUAUUAGCAUGAAAAUCUUUGUAAAAAAACUGACUGGAAAGACGAUCACUUUGGAAGUGGAACCGUCAGACACCAUUGAGGUUGUGAAAACAAAAAUUCAAGACAAAGAAGGAAUCCCUCCAGAUCAGCAACGUCUUAUCUUUGCCGGGCAGCAAUUGGAAGAUGGCCGUUGUCUGAGUGACUACAAUGUUCCGAAAGAAGCGACUCUUCUCUGGGUUUUAAGAUGUCGUAGUAGCAUGAAAAUCUUUGUAAAAAAAUUGACUGGAAAGACGAUCACUUUGGAAGUGGAACCGUCAGACGCCAUUGAGGUUGUGAAAACAAAAAUUCAAGACAAAGAAGGAAUCCCUCCAGAUCAGCAACGUCUUAUCUUUGCCGGACAGCAAUUGGAAGAUGGUCGUUGUCUGAGUGACUACAAUGUUCCGAAAGAAGCGACUCUUUACUUGGUUUUAAGACUUCUUAGUGGCAUGAAAAUCUUUGUAAAAACAUCGACUGGAAAGACGAUCACUUUGAAAGUGGAACCGUCAGACACCGUUGAGAAUGUGAAGGCAAAAAUUCAAGACAAAGAAGGAAUUUCACUGGAUCAGGAACGUCUUAUCUUUAAAGGGCGGCAAUUGGAAGAUGGUCGUUUUCUAAGUGACUACAAUCUUCCGAAAGAAGCGACUCUUCACUUGAUUUUCAGACUUCGUGGUGGAAUACAAAUCUUUGUAAAAACAUCGACUGGAAAGACGAUCACUUUGAAAGUGGAACCGUCAGACACCGUUGAGAACGUAAAAGCAAAAAUUCAAGACAAAGAGGGAAUCCCACCGGAUCAGCAACGUCUUCUCUUUGCCGGGAAGCAAUUGGAAGAUGGCCGCUGUCUGAGUGACUACAAUGUUCCGAAGGAAUCGACCCUAUACUUAAGUUUAAAACCUCGUGGUGGCAUACUCAUCUUUGUAAAGACUCUCACUGGCAAGAUCCUUGCUCUAAAUGUGGAGCCUUCAGAUACGAUUAAAAAUGUGAAACUGAAAAUUCAGGGCAAAUUGAGUAUCCCAUCAAGCCAGCAACAUCUGAUCUUUAGGAGGCAAGAACUCAAAGACCACCAAACAUUGGAUGAAUAUAAAGUCACAGAAAAAUCCUCUGUACAUUUGCGACUCCAGGACGAACUUGAUAGAAUCCUUAUCAAUGUGGAGUUUCCUAGUGGAAGGAAGAUCUUUAUAAAUGUUUCACCAGGGGAUGAUUUUGAGAGCGUGAGAAAGAUAAUCUAUGACAGAGAAGGGAUUCCAGUUGAUCAACAACGCCUCAGAUUUGUUGGCAAAGAAGUUGUAGACAAUCACCUUCCUUUGAGUGAGUACGACAAUCAGAUUGAAUUAUCUCUGCAACUGGAUGUGAAACAACAAAAAAAUGAACUCCUUCUUCAUGUGAAGACAUGA